ACGCGCCAUUUGUCAUUGUCAGUUUGAUCGAGGCCGGUAGCGAGUGGCGUCCGCGAUAGUGCUCUGAUAAAGUAAAGUGUUUUUUGAAGAAAUCAUCGAAAUUAUUCCACUUUUUGUGAGUUUUUCUGCUGGUAAACUUCGUCGGUGCGGUUUAAAAUUGUGUGGCUGUUACUAUUUGCGCCGCAGUGCAUUCGGUUCUGUCUGAAAAAAAUCUAAAUAACGUACGAUGGCAGAAAAAUCGGAAACCCUCGUGACAAAAGAAGAGAAGAUGGCGGAAGCAAAGGAACUGUUCGGCCGUGGUAGUCGAAACUACUGCAUGAAACAGUAUUCGGAUGCUGCUGACGAUCUGAGCGCUUGCUGUAAUAUCUACUCGGAACUGUAUGGUCCCACAGCGGACGAAUGCGGCGUGGCUUAUCUGCUGUAUGCUAAAUCAUUGAUUGCGCUGGGCAAGGAUGAGAACAACUUGAUUGUUCCGGGUGAAGGAGAGGAAGGCGAGGAUGAUGAUGAGGACGAUGAAGAAGGGGAUGAGGAAGGUGAUGGCGAGGCUGAUGCCGAUGGGGAAGAGAUGAAAGAAGAUGAUGAAAAGGAUGUAAAAUCGGAAAACGCCGAAACUGAAGCAGCAGAAGCACAGAAAGCUGAAAGUGGAGAGUCUAAAAAAGAAGAAGCUGUAGCAGGAGGAUCGUCAUCGAAAGUAGAUGAAGAUCCACAGCCAGGGCCCUCGACAUCGAACGGUGUGGAAACUCAAAAGGAUGACACUGAAGAGGAUGAGGAGGAAAAAUGCGAAGGCAAUCUGGAGAUUGCUUGGGAAAUUUUAGAACUGGCAGUCAAAAUCUUCGAAGGACAAGGGGAAAAAUCGUUGGAUAACCUGUCGGAGUGCUACUCAGAAUUGGCCAGUAUUUCUUUGGAAAAUAGCAACUUUGCUAUUGCCAUCAAUGAUUACAAGAAAGCCCUGGCUGUGUAUGACAAAACCGGCAAAGCUGACCGGCGGAUCAUUGCGGAGAUUCAGUACAAGAUUGGCCUGUGUCACUUGAUGCAGAACGAAUAUGAAGAUUCCAUAGCCGCCUUCCGAGAGGCUUGUAGCGAGAUGGAUAAGGUCAUUCAACAGGAGCAGAGCAAGGAACAGACCGAUGAAACCAAGGCUGCUAUCAAGGAUCUUGAGGAAACCAAGCAGGAAAUUAUGGAGAAAAUUGCCGAGGUCGAGGAUACGAAGAAAACGUCCAUCGAAGUGGUCAAACGAGAACUGUCCAAAAUCAUCGUUAAAGGGGAAACUUCCAACGGAUUCGAUGGCGCUGGUCCAUCUUCGUCUUCUUCGACCAGCAACGGAACUUCUUCCAGUGCGGCGAAACCCACCGACAUCACUCACCUGAUCAAGCGAAAGAAGCCGGACUCUGCCACCACCGAGGUCGAAGGCUCUCCUGCGAAAAAGACGGCAGUUGAGUUGGACAAAUCUAGUGAUUAAGCAGCUACAACAGGUUAUGCCUAUUUUACUUACAUUUCCGUGUCUUUUUCCGUUACUGUACUCUACUUCCAGUUAAGUCGCAACUUUCUUUUAUUUAUAUUCUAAAAAUGUUCUUUUCUGUUCUUUGUUCUGUUAGAAAAUACGUACAACAUAUUAAGAUAUACAUAAAAACUCGAAAGUAGAUCUAUGUCUGUGAAUGUCCAAAUCUA